AUGCCUCGCGAGGUCAAAAAGCGGGGAAGGUGGCAGCAGGAGAAAGAGGGAAAGAGAUCUGCAAAGCGCCUCAAAAUCGAAGAUACCCGUGACGAAGAAAUCCCAGGUGAAGCUGUGGUGGAGGGUGAUGCUGGGGAUGACUACAUCGGCUUCAAUAUCGAGCGGCCGCAAGGAAUACAGGAGCCGCUAGAAGAAACCGAGUUUCACGGACUCCUGACCCCCGAAGAACAAGAGUAUUACGCCAACGUAAACACGAAAAUCGUCGCAAACGAUUUCGAAUCCCCAGAAGAUCGUGCCACUUUUCUCGAGGCAGUGCACAGAGAGACUGAAGGCAAAGAAAUGAAGGUGGCGUCUAGUCAAUCUUGUUCAAGGUAUCUGGAGAAGAUCAUCAAGUUGUCAACUCCUGAACAGUUGCGACAUCUUUUUAGCAAAUUUCUUGGAAACCUGACCUAUCUUGUCCGUCAUCGAUUUGGAAGUCAUUGUUGUGAGACACUUCUUCUGGAGGUGGCGAAGCAUGUGGAACGGGAGCCUCAGGUCGAUAAAGCCGACGAGACUGGCUUGAUGUCCAUGGAAGGCCUGUUUCUCGGUGCUGCAGAGGAGCUCGAACCAAACAUGGGUUUUCUACUCACUGACAGGUUCGCUUCCCAUACCAUCCGAGUGUUAUUCCUCAUCCUCUCGGGCCUAUCGUUAGAGGAUGAUUCGCUUAAAGCGAUGGUUGCGAGUAAAAAAAAGGAAAAGCUGGACGCACCAGCCGAGAAAGACACCGGAGCAUCUGAGAGCAAACGGGUCGUACCGAAAAGCUUCCGCAACGCCCUUGACAAGUUAAUCAAGAGUGCAAUUUCAGCGUUGGACACGACCUAUCUGAGAGCAUUAGCUACACACCCGACUGGCAAUCCUGUCUUACAGUUGCUCCUACGUGUGGAACUCUCAACGUCCGGCAAGAACAAGACAGCAGAGGAGAACUCGGUCUUUCAAAGAUUGUUGCCAGACGAAGAGCUAGAGGAGGAGUCUGAGAGCGCCAAAUUCAUAUCUGGACUAAUUUAUGAUCCGACCGGCUCACAUUUGGUCGAGAUUCUGGUCAAGCAACUCCCUGGCAAAACAUUCAAAAAGCUUUACAAGAAUGUUCUGAAGCCACGUCUGGGCAGCAUUUCAAAAAAUGACACAGCAAGUUAUGUCGCCAUGAGGAUUCUUGAACGGCUGGGGAAAGACGACCUCGAUGAAGCUAAGAAGUUGAUUUUAGCAGAGCUGCCAAUCCUCAUUUCGCGGCGGAGGACCGGCCUAAUCAGAGUCCUGAUUGAACGAUGUGCUUUGCGAGGUGUGGAUUUACAGGACGUAUCGGAUGUGAUUAGGUCCGAAUACACCGCUGACGGAAACGAAUUCCUACCUAUGCUUCUCGGCUUCCAAGCGGUCGAGGCUGGAGAACACCCCAAAGACCGCGACGGGAAGAAAGGCGCAGAGACGUCAACCACAAAGACUGAUGUCCAUGGCUCUCUCUUGGCCCAGACAAUGCUCAAAACUUCGAAAACCUGCACCCUAGUGCAGAACAGCAUGCUGGCACUGGAUGUCAAAGUGCUGAUGGCGAUGUCACGGGAUCCAGCUUCCUCGCGCGUUGUACAAUCUGCCUUGUCUCCGACAGAAUCCAACAUGCAAUUUAGACGAGAAUUUGUCCCUCGUUUCUACGGACACAUCGGCGAACUAGCGCAAAACCUUGUUGGCUCUUACGUGGCUGAUACCCUCUGGUCAGCCACUGACGGGCUUCAUUUCAUGAAAGAGCGACUCGCCGGAGAACUCUCCAGCAAUGAAACCCAACUUCGAGAGUCACCCUUUGGCCGAAACGUUUGGAAGAACUGGGCGAUGGACUUGUACCAUCGACGGCCUGGUGAGUGGCGCAGUCUUGCCAAGGGCCACCACCAGAGUCACAGCACAUUGGCUGCGCCGUCGAAGGAGGCAUCGGUGCCAGAGAAGAAGAAAACGGCGAUCGAGCUCGCGCGAGAACGGCAUUCUCAGAAGUUGAAGUCACACAACGCCAAGAAUAGCCGUACUCCUGCGAGCUCCGCGAACGCUACCCCCGUGGUUCGAACCAACGCCUUGAGAGCCUGA